UUAUAAUUUUGCCAAGUAACUUCCAUUGUACUGUACUAGCUGUCAAAUUAGCGUUUUUAUUUCCAUAAAAAAUCAAUCCACACAAUUAAUAUCAAAUCGAAGAAUAUUAUCUUGUAUUUUUGGAUCGUUGAGCAACAGAGCCAAAUCAUUUGCACUUCUUUUUGGUCUAAAUUCGAUUUAAAUCGGGUCAAAGUUUCAGUAUACAUUCAUAAAAAGAAAAUAUAAAGGUAGACUAAAUUGUGUGUAUGUGUCAAUCUAUAUGUUCUAUUGAAGUGAGACGGCAACAAAAUUUACCCAAAUAAGCUAUUACAUUUCCCUUGUAGUCCUUACUACGAAUAUAUUAGACGAAAUUAGUUGUAAAAACAAAGCACGAAUGUCUCAAACAUUGCCGCUUACUCAACAAAUUUAGACAAGGGGUACUUUUAAUUUUUUUUAGCAAAUACAGCUACACGGAAGAUAAAAAAUUCAAAACAUAAACAUUUCUUAAAAUACGAAACAAUGUAUGCCAUAAUCAAUCGCAUCUUGGACUGGUUCAAAAGUCUAUUCUGGAAAGAAGAAAUGGAAUUGACUUUGGUGGGACUGCAAUAUUCUGGGAAAACAACCUUUGUUAAUGUGAUUGCUUCUGGUCAAUUUAGCGAAGAUAUGAUUCCAACAGUUGGCUUCAAUAUGCGCAAAAUAACCAAAGGCAAUGUAACAAUAAAAGUGUGGGAUAUUGGUGGUCAACCCAGGUUCAGAUCGAUGUGGGAGCGCUAUUGUCGUGGUGUCAAUGCAAUAGUGUAUAUGGUAGAUGCGGCUGAUUUAGAUAAAAUGGAAGCAUCGCGUAACGAACUACAUUCAUUGUUAGAUAAGCCACAAUUGGCAGGCAUUCCAGUCUUAGUUCUAGGGAAUAAGCGUGAUUUACCGGGUGCAUUGGACGAAACUGGACUAAUCGAACGAAUGAACUUGUCGAGUGUACAGGAUAGAGAAAUCUGUUGCUAUAGUAUUUCUUGUAAGGAAAAGGCAAAUAUUGACAUUACUCUUCAAUGGUUGAUUGCACACUCAAAGAGUCAAACGCGUUAAAUUUCUUACGCAAAUGAAAUAUUUGCUGAAAAUGUUAUUUUUCUUUUACUUUUCUGUUAAAAAAAUAACAAUCAUCUGUUUGUUUAUGUCAUCUUGUCUGAAUAGCUGACUUUCGCGGAAAAUAUCGAGUCAAAACAUCUUGACGGAAUAUGUGAACAUGUGUAUUGGCUCGUAAUUUUAUAAAAUUACUUAAUUUGUUAACUUGCUAUUAAACCACUAGUUUAAAUAUUGAUUUCAUACGAAAGCAUGACUUGUAAAAUCAAUCUCUCCCCUAAUGAUACUGAAUGAUCAAUAUAAGAAACGCUAUUACCAAAACACUCUCAUUUCAGAAACGUGUUUCCAUAUUAUAUUAUGGUGAUUUUUUUUUCUGAGUGAAAAAACAUAGCAUUGAAACGGAUGAUUUUUUUCCAGGUGGUCCGAAAUCUAGAUCAUAAAAAAAUUCAAUGAAUGUUUGUUGUUUGAUUUCCAUUAAAAUUGCAAAGAACAUUGCAUCAUACUUAGCUAAUUCUA